GUUGAGAGAGAGAGAGAGACAGAGUCAAAAGAGUCCACGCGCAAGAAAGAAGAAAAGUCUAGUCUUUUGUCUUCUUCUUCUUCUUCUUCUUCAUCAUCUCCAUCUCCAUUAUCUUCGCUCUUCACGAAUCUAGGGUUUUGUUGAUCACCCUUUAUUAUCCCUUUCUUCAUCUCCGUUAGGUCAUCAUCAUCAUCCGAUUUCAAUGGAGGGAGUUGGUGAUACGACGUCGUCUGAGGGACACCUGAUUUCGGCAGCAGCUUUUGUGCAAGGGGGAAUCCAAGAUGCUUGUGAUGAUGCUUGUAGCAUCUGUCUUGAAGCCUUUUGCGAAUCCGAACCAUCUACUUUGACUAGUUGCAAGCAUGAGUAUCAUCUCCAAUGCAUUCUUGAGUGGUGUCAAAGGAGUUCACAGUGCCCAAUGUGUUGGCAAUCAAUUAGUCUCAAAGACCCCACAAGUCAGGAGCUGCUUGAGGCUGUUGUACAGGAGAGGAACUUCCACUCCAUUCCACCUAGAAAUGCCACCGUUUUUCUUCGUUCAGCUUUCGGCGAUUUUGAGUUACAACAUCUCCCGCCGAAUGUGGAUAACUUGGAUCUCGAAGAGCGGAUCAUACAGCACUUUGCUGCUAUGGGACGAGCAAGACAUGGGGCGAGAAGGGAAGGACACAGAAGCAGGUCAUCAACUCAAGGUGGUCAUCCACAGUAUAUGGUGUACUCUCAACAUCCUAAUGCUUCUCCUCCUCCUCCUCCUCAUCCAAUGCCUUCCUCUCCAUCUCAGAGAGAUGAGAGUGACACUGUCACAAACCUUCCUCACAAUACUACUAUAGGGGAGGGUUCUCUUCAGUCAAACACAGUCACAAACCUUUCUCCUUCGGCAUCUGAUUCAAACAGCAGAUCUCUUAAUCAAUCUUCACCAAGUGAUCAAGAUAGAGCUGGACCAUCUGAACUCCAAACAUUUUCAGAAUCUCUAAAGUCUAGACUAAACGCUGUCUCAACUAGAUACAAAGAGUCUAUAUCAAAGAACACGAGGAGCUGGAAAGAAAGAUUCUUCUCUCGCAACACUUCCAUGGCAGAACUUGGCUCUGAGGUUAAAAGAGAAGUCAAUGCCGGAAUCGCCACUGUGUCCCGCAUGAUGGAACGUCUAGAAACGAGAGAAAACAGUAGCACUGCAUCUGUAUCAUCAGAAAAUCAACACACUCCUGGUGAAUCACACAAUGAGCAUAAUGGAAGAUCAGAAGCGGGUGAUGAACAUUCUUUGAAUGAAAGAGGUGUUAAAGGAGCAUGUGCGGCUGGUUCUGGUUCUAGCUAAUAAAACAAGUGCCAGCAUCUUGUUGUUGGCAAAGAGACAUGCAGAUGUUUCUCAUUGUGUAAGUCUGCUAUAUAUAUUACAGAGUCAGAAGUUCAAAAAGCGUGGGAGCAUAGGAAGAGUUUCUGCUUCUUAAAAAAAAAAACAAUAAUAAGAAAAGGUUAUAUGACCAAAAGGAGGCUUUGCUUCAGAAAUGAAACGCCUUCUGAUGUGUUGUGUUAUGUCAAAACAAAACUAAAAAGAAAAAAAAAGAGUAAAAGACUGUUGUGUGUUGUAAAUUGACAUUCUCGCUCACAUUAUCGAUCAGUUCUGCUUAUUUGA